AUAGGAGAAAUUCCUUGGCAACUCCACCGCUGCUACAGCGCAUGUUAAGCAGGGUGGAUGUGAGGGACAAAGCCCCGCUGGGUGGCGUCCGAGAGAUGUGGAUUUUUGCCGAAGCCUGGAAGGAAAGAACAAAGGCUUUGGAUAAAGUAUGCGCUUCUGAAAUGCAAAAAGAUAAAAAGAUAGCGCAACUUGAAGAGAAUAUUAAAGCGCUCGAAUCUGACCAAGCUAAAGCGCAGAAAAUCUUGGAGAAAUCAGUGGCUUUUAUUUCUUCAAUGGCGCGUGAGAAAAGUAAUAAAAGACCGCGUCGCAUCGACCCAAAACAGGUCCGCUCUUUCGCUGUGGCACUCCAGGAAGACUGGGAGCCAGAGGGAUGGAAUGGCGACAUAUGGGGAGAUGGCGACAUGCAAUAUGGCGGGGAAAUGAAACCUCAACCGCUGUAUCCACAACUUGGACAUCUCCAAGUUAAACCGAUCUCACGAAGACGGGAGGAACAGCAUGUUGUCUUGCCCGUCUUUGAAGAACAGCGAGAUGAGAAUAAUGUACCUAUAGUUGAUAGGGAAGGAAACCCUAUAAUGAGGCGAAUAGAACAGCCUCAGCCGCCGCCCAGAAUGACGUAAACAAAAGAGGACUUCUCUCAGGAAGAGAUAGCCCAUUUAACAUCAAAGUAUCGACAAAAGCAGGGAGAACCAGCUGAUUCUUGGCUCAGGCGGAUGUAUGAGGAAGGAGCUGACACCAUAGAGCUUGACUCAGAGGACUUUUCGCGAUUUGGAGGCUUGAGUUCAGAUUCUCGAAUGAAUGCCGAGUUUCGUGCAAACGGGAGAGCAAUGGCGGUAGGUGAUUCUUUUUCGCUAUUUGCCUUGUAUGCUAUGACAGCGCAAUCUGUGUAUCCAACGUGGCAUGAUUGGCCCGAGAUCAAAGGGCCUUGGGUAACCAUCCGCGACGCAAUUCACAGAAUGGGGAGAUUGUGUACACGCGAGUCGAUAUCGCGAGCGCGUCAUGCUUUUAUUGAUGAAACAGCAGUGCCAAAGGUGGUGCGUGAUGCAAUGAUUCGAGACGCACCCCCCCACUACAGGUCUGCGAUACUUACUAUUUUGUUAGGAGCCGUCGAUAACAGCUUCAGUGACGUAAAAACGCGCUUGUUGGAGUUGGCGACUUUGGGAGAUUGGGGAGACACAGUACAUCAGCCUUGCCCUGAGAAUUACAGGUCCGAAACAGAUGGCAAACGACCGCGCGCGAAACCGCCCGAAGCCGGGAGUAGUAGGCGGGAAAUGUGGAAAGCACUCAUUGUAGCGAGAGUACCGGCAGAAGAAAUUGACGGGCUACCCACAAGUGCCUUGGCUGCAAGAUGCAAACAAAGGGGAUUGAAGGUAAAUUGCUUGAGCAGCGGAUCAAAGGGAAAAUCAGAAAUUGCUCAGCUGGCCACCAUCAUAAAGGGAAUGAUGACGCCGGCAGCUCAACCAACAGCCCCUCCCUUGGAUGCAUUUGAGGAUGAAGAAGAGGAAGAGGAAGAUACAGACUCAAGCGACGACAUGCUAGUAGACACAAGAGGCCCCAGCUAUGUGGCUGCUGUGAGAAAGGGCCGAGCGAAACCCAAGAGUAAGGGGAAAAAUAAGGACAAGAGGUCACGUACCUCUGACCUCCUCAGCUAGGAUGGAGGACAAACUCAGUCAACCAGCCAGAACAAAAUUAUCAAUCGAUGGUCAGUUGGGGACAUCAGACCCCAUGUUCAAUUGGACACGGAAACCCUGAUAAAAUGAAGGGUGAAAAUGUUCCACUGCGAGGAUUGGGGGGACAAAUUGUAAAUGGAAAAGCAGUAAUUCUUCCAUUAAAAAUUGGGAAAAUGCCAAUAUGGAAAUUUGAAGUGGUCGUCACCCCCAUCCCAGAGUGGAUAAUUGGAAUGGACAUCCUGGCUGGAAUGACUUUGUAUUUGAGAAUAGGUAAAUUUCAAUUUGGAACAGGAAUUGAUGUGCGGACAAUAUUGGUGGGAAAGGUAAAAAUGACACCGUUUCCCAUAUCUUUGGGGAAAAUGCAAUCAGGACCUCCUCGAGCUGCGGAAAUUAUAGCUCAGGGGUCUGAUGCCACAGUCAGUGUUUUAUAUCAAGGAGAGGAAAAAUGGGUGAACGUACCCGUGAAUAAAUGUUACAUGCGAGAAUACUAAUCAUGUUUUCUUUUGUCAAUAGUGGUAACCAUAUCUGUUGCAGCUUGGUGGGUGCUUGUUGAAGUGGGAGCUGCUGAUUGGACGACCCUUGACGGGAGGACGCAGAGAUGGAGGACAUCCGGCGCCGAGGAAUUGGAAAUGACUGGGUCAUCUGCCUCCUUGCCGUUGGUGCCAUGGUCCAACUCUCCUGGGGAAUGACCGAAGGUCAUGCGUGCGUGACAAGCCAGUUCAUCGGGAUAUCAUCGAGGAACGACUUGGACGGCAAUUGCAGAGGAGGAUUUCACCAUCGGGGAGGUUGGGGAUGACGGUGAUUUGAGGUGGGGGUAUGUGGUCACGGUCAUUCAAACACACUUGACUCCAAUUCGUGACACCUGUACACACCUAGCUCAAGCAGUGGUUGAAACCAAGAUAUACUGGACAAUUCACUUUCCCCCGAUUCCGAUAUGUAACAGAAUAAAAAGGGCAUGGUAUGAUACUUUGUUGGGGGGAACGGGAACCGUAUUGGGAUUGGCAAAUACUGCUGAUAAUGAGGUAACUAGGACCAUGCUGUCCAAUACUGGAGAACACUCUGCCAGGGCCUUGCAUCAAAUAGGGGUUUGGCUUCCUAAAGCUCUGGUGAGACAAAAAGAAAAUGCAAAACUUUGGAAAACACUGUUUAAUUGGGAUAUCAAAUUAUGGGACGAAGCAGAGAACGUGCUUCAGAACUUGACAGAACAGAGUAGUUGGACAGUAUGUAGUAUUCAAACUCUACACGCUGCGGCUCAAAAGGAGUCGUUUCUAAGGAUAGUUACGUCGGGAAAUUAUCAAGAGUGGCGGAAGGUUUGGAACAUUUCCGACUCUUUGUGGUUGACAUUACAUCCCGAACAUACCAAAUGUAACAAAAAUAAAUGUACGGGGUAUUGGACCCAGUACAACGUGACGACAACAAAGGUGGUUUGUAAAUAUCAGGUUUUGCCUGUUAUAACGACAAGUGGAUAUUGGUUUUUACACAUGGACGGAGAGUGGUUUGAACCAAAAACCAACAAAACCUUUAAAUCAGAUUUAUGUGAUUUAACAGACCAAGGGUUGGCUUGCAGAUUACAACAUGCGUACUCGAAUCCGUGCCUAACCGACUCAGAGGUUGUACUUUGUGAUUGGACUAGGGAGCCAGCCAGAGAGAUGAUGUGGCAAGUUGGACCGCAUACUCUCUGUGUGGCUACAACACAAAAUAACUCACAAGUACCUUCGUUCCUUUUGUAGGAUGCCUUCAAGAUGUACACAUAUGGCGCUGGGGAAACAUGACGUAUCGUUUGACUAACUAUUCGGAGUCCCGCAGGUUGACUGCGGUCCAGUGGGAGGUACUACGCUCCCCCUGGUCAGUGUCUCUGGAACGAUUCAAAUGCGCAUUGGAGAGUUCUACAGACAUCCAAAAACUCAUCAAGUCACAUGCGUCUAACAUUUCCAGUCUCAUGGUGUCAACUAUGGUAGUAAAAGGGGAAGUAGUGCAUGCCGCUAAAUUAGUACAACAGGCGUCAGCUCAUCAUUGGUGGGACAUCUUCACAGGAAUGUCCUCCACUGCGCGUACUACUUUCUUGCCCCCCUUGAUCGUGUUAAUGAUUGUUAUUUGUGUGCUUACGCUAUGCAAUAUGGGAACUUGCUAUUAUGUGCGACGCAUCCGGCUUGAGGUAGAGAAGGAAAUAUAUAAUCGCCUAUAAUCAAUUGCUUACAUUUUGAGUGAUGGAAAAACAUCAAGAGUGGAAUGAAGUAAGAAUAAUUUUGUGUUGUUUUUCCAUAAUUAAAAGAUGUUUCGCAAUAGCUUCGUAUAUGUUUCGCAAUAGCUUUGUAUAACCUAAAAGACGAUCGCAAUAGCUUUGAAUAACCAGCAAUGUCAUAAAAAGAUGUUUUGUGUUAUAUGAUGUCGUGCAACGCCAUUUGUUGGUAACAAAGAAUAGUGUGGCGUCAGGCGGGAUGAAUGGGCCACUCACCCCUCCUUCCGCACACGCUUAGAGUAUAAAAGGAGAACUUUAGAUACUCUCGGUAGAGUCUGCUGCGGGUUGCGUACGGAUGCCCAGCCGGUAUUGAAGCUGCUCUCUACCUGGAGUGUUGGCUCUCCCUCCUAUUGGCGCACGAUGAGAGCCUGCAGUCCUCGUCAAGAUUAAAGUUACAUCUUACAUGCCCGAUGUUGAGAAGCUGACCAGUGAUGUCUGAAAACCGAAGUCACAUUAAACAGGUCUGAGGACAGCUGGAUUGGUUCCGUGUCAAAAGAAAAGAGGAUGCUGCUGCAAUUUACUCUUGCACUGGCUUGCGAGCCAUUAGCACAGAAAUCAAACUUAAAACAAUUAAUUUGAUUUUAUAUACUUUACCUUUUCAAAAGGCUACUGUUUUAUUUUUAUAAAUGCAGGAUGCGUUUUAUUGCACUUUGUUUAGUGCCCAGAGAAGGGGGACGUUAUGCACAUGCCAUUUUGUUGUUGUUUUUUUUUUUAAGUCCUCAAAAUAAAAAUUACAUCACAAGUCAGAUUUAUUAAUUACAUUUCUUUAAUUUCAUCAACAGAGUGAAACAUAAUUCAUUAAAUUUGUAAUUAAGUUCAACUUGAGGCAGUAUCGUACAACAGAGAAGUCACACGGUGAGUCGUAGGGAUUUGCGAGUUUGGACCCUACGUGUGUUUAUGAAUCGAGGAAGAUAUGACCAAUGAUUAUAAAAAGUUUACAGCAAAUGGAUUUAUUAUAAAGGAAUAUGCAAUACAGACGUCCGGGUCUGAUUGAGGUAUCUGCUGUACAUGAGAUGUGUGUCUUCUGGCAGGAUAGGCAAAGAAGAAGACAAGAGCUGCCCGGUAAAACAAGGUUUUUAUAUGAAUAGGUCCAUGGUAGAAGUGGCUGCCCCCCGACAGUCAGAUCCUGGGCCGGGAUGGUAACUUUCCGCUCCUUAUCUGGUGUCCUUCGCCUCCACGGCAACGCCUGGGAGAGGAGGAUGCCACCAGCCGGUUUUCUGCGUGCAAAGAUCAAGGACAACCACCAGCUCCACAACACAUCUUUGUCUGAUGAGCAAAUAGACAACACUUUAUCUGUUGUUUAAAUGUAAAAGGUCAUAUUUAAGCAAAUAAUGAAAGUACAGUAGUCUUCAUCGUUCUCUACAGAAUGUAAUGCAGGAAAAUAAACCAUUAAUCAUGAAUGCUCAUUAUGUAUUUGUAGCCAACUUAAUCAUUUUGAUAGAAGGCUAAUUUAGCUAAUAUAUAUACAUACAGCAUAUGUUGCCUUCAUUAUAAGGCUUAUAUCAGGCUUUUAAUUUUUUGUUGCUCCAGACAUAAAUUAUUUAUUUUUUUUGGUCCAAUAUGGCUCUUUCAACAUUUUGCGUUGCCGAGAAAGAGUGCUAUAGGUUACCUCUGUGCCUUUGCAAAGACUCAAAAUGAAUUGUGGAUUACCGGAGACGUAGCACCAAAGGAAAAAGGCCCAACAUAUAUUUGCUCCUUCAUAAUAAGGGGGUUUCAAAGGUACUUUGGUGGUGUUCAAAAUGAUUUGGAGGCCUUUUCUCAUUUUGUACAACUGUAAAAUCUGUUGCUGAUGUCUCUUGAAUUUAGAUGUGCCCCAAAAUGGUGUCCAUUCAUCAUUUUCAUCAUCCACCAAAGUCUCCCAUCCGGUAUGUAUCAGAUCAUUUGUCAUAUACAAUUUAUUUUGUCUUUAAGAACUGUGUCUUGUUCCAUAAUCUGUCGGGACCUAACUACUUCAGGGAAGGUAUUUCGUCUAGUUGUCCCUAUAGGUUUGGUGUCUUAAAAUUGCUUCACUGGACUUCAGCUAUUUUCAGAUAAUGUAAAUCUGCACCAAGCAUGUAGCCAGUCUUUUGCUCACCUCCCCCUAUUUUACAAAAUGUCAAAUUGUAGGAAUAAUUGUGAUCACAAUUGUCAUACAUCUGCUUCCAAUAAAGAAAUGCUUUGCUCUGCUAUAAAUAACAUGGCAGAUAGCAAGAACAAAAACAUCUAAUCAUCAGAACUGUUAGAACUGCUGCCUGUUUUAAUUUAGUGUUCUCUGUCCUAGUUUCUAUAGCUGUUUGCAGCUAUUCUUGCAUUGUGUGGAUGUUGUUGUAUUCCCUGCAUAAAGGCAUCACUUAACCAACUUAUAACCACUGCUAUUGCCCCGACAAAUUCAAAAUUGGCAGAAAUAUAUCCACUAUUCAGACAACAGAGUAAUGAUAUUGUUGACCACGAGGAUGACGUUAUGACUUCUUUUCGAGACCUGUUCUCUGAUCCAGAAGAUUACAAGUAAUUAGUGCUAUAUUUUCCUCCGAGUGUAAGCCAAAAGGGUGAUCUAUUGGAUGAUUUAAGGAUUUGAGCAAAUGAAGGAUAAACAGGAGGAACUGUUUCCUGUUAAAGAAAUGAUGACCACACAUGUAUUCAUCAAUCUUCCACACAUGCACACGCACAUGAACAAACAUGUACACGUUGUUUCAAACUGUGUUGCUCGUCGUCUCCUUUUUGUAACAUCCAUGUAAAUAAGGGGCGUCUUAAAACUAAAUAAAUAGAGGUGCUGAGGAGAAGAUCAUCAGAGAGUGCAGUGGUGAAUUGUACGAGACAGUUCCUGUCCUCUCUCCUCGUGAGACUUGAACUGGUGUCUUGGCUUCCUUUUUUGUCCUGUUUAAUUAAUGUCUGAUUGGUGAACCUGACAUUUACUUGGUCCUUCAAGCCGGAUCUCAAGAUACCUGAGGUUUCCAGGGGCUGAGUUGACAUCCAGGCAAAGACCGUGGCCACGGCACUUGAGACCUCGACUUUGCAUCAGGCUGAGGGUUGACGAGAAGACGAAGGAAGUAAAGGCAUCUCUGGUGAGUAGGAAACUCACACACUCAUGAGGAAUGAGUGAAUGCGCGUCUGGGUGACUGCGGCAGAACCAAACCUCGAGAAUUAUAAAACUGAGAAAAGGGCAAGGUGUGUUCUGUACUUGAGCUCCAUGAAACGUCUGCAUGUGUAAAAGUGUGAGUGGAGGUUCGCUACCUCAUUUGAAGUUUGUAGAAAGCAAAUGUCCUACUAAAAUAAAACAUCUAAAUUUGUGGAUAACACAAUAUGACUUUGCUGGCCAGCUCAACAUACACACAAAAAUAUAUAUAGUUAACCUGCAGGAUAAAAUAAGAGAAACACACACAAAAAAAACAACAACAAAAAAAAAAAGCUGGACUCAAGAUGAUGUGAAAAUGGCCAUAAAAGGUAUCACAUCUCAUAAAGUUGAUGUAACAUAAUACGUCCAGGGAACGCAAGACUUGAAAAAAUUUUACCGCUUAAAUGGUGUGGAAGUACAAUAAAUUUGGAUGAAAGCAAAGUACUUUUUCACAGCAGCAGGGAGUUCGAGGGUUAAUAUUGCGCACCUCUGCUCGAUUUAGAAAAAAAGAACAAAUUAUUCUGCCAUUGGAAGAGCAAAAUAAAAUAACAAUGAACCAUUUAAAGAAUAUAGAAUUGGAAUGACUGCACGUUUUAAGCAAACAGUGGCAUUACUGAAGAUCACACUCCAGGGAGUGUGUAUCAAGGGCAAUUAAAAAAUGCUCUUCAUGCAAAUUCAAAUAAUCCUACAACACAAUGGAUUGAAAAACAUUGGGUUGACAAACCGACAGCUUGUAACAUUACGUUAACCAAGCACUACACGCAGAAAGAGUGCUACAAAAUAAGAAAAAGAAAGUUGACACCUUUCUGACAGAGGAAGGAGAAAUUUAUGGAGCUUUAUGCGAAACAUUUAAUAAUUGUGGCCGCAGAUGAGGAAGAGAGCAGCCAUCUCCCCAUCAAAAAUGUCACAACUAAUGCUCCCAAAAUGCAACUUUUUAAUUUGCCCCGUACGUUUGUUGGGAAGAAAUGGCUUGCUGAAACUAGGACAUGGCUUAAUUCCCUCUCUGACAGGAAAAAUAGAAGUAAAAAGAAAAAAAGGAAUUACUGGGAGGACAGUUAAAUAUCUUACAAAAUAGGAAUCAGCACUCUAUGAUUACACCUUAGAUAUUCUAAACAAACCUCCCACAAGAACAAGAGAUUUCUUGCUGCAAACAGCUCAAGACAUGAUUGAACAACCACAAAAUGACGAAGGAAGUGACUCAUUGCACGUGACUAUGUAGUAUAAGAUACUGUAAACUUAUAACAGCCCACACUAGACAAAAUCAUGAUUAUCUGUACUCAGAUGGUAUAUCAGUCGUGGUGGCAGGAACAAGACUGACUGACAAACUAAAUGCACAACACAAGGAAUGGACACCAUCACACACGUCAUUACAACGGGAAUGGAAGAGUUUGGGACAAUUUGUUUUGGUAGUACGAAAUGUUCCUGAUUGGACAGAAAAAGAACCAGAUUUGGAUUGGGACGACUGAACUGUACAGACAAUAUCUUAUUGGACAGUCUUAAACAAUCUGAGACCAGAUACUGCUGUAUUCACGGUGGUAUCACAAUCUACAGAGCCGAUACUGGAAAAAUAGAGGAAUAGUGACAACUACAGGAAACACAGUUACACAUGCAGAGCUACUACAAAAUUUGCUCAUUGCAGUUCAAUUACCAAAAGAAAUAGCCAUAUGUAAAUGUGCAGUACACACAUCAAAUACAGACAAAGUAUCAUUAGAAAAUGGAUUUACAGAUAAAACAGCAAAAGAAGCUGCAGCCAAAACCUUUAUGGGAUUAGCUGACCAUGUAACAAAUGAAGACAUACUUUGAGAUGAUGUGUUAAACAAAAUGCAACAACAAAGCUUACCAGCAGAACUAAUAAUGUGAAAAAAAUAAGGUACAACAUUACAAAAUGGGAAUUAUGUCAGCAGAGAUACAAAAAAAAAUUCUACCAAAAACAUUUUUUAAGUGGGCGGCAAUCUUGAGCCAUGGGAAGUCUCAGGUCUCAACAGGGGGAAUGGUAGCCCUGGUACAAAGUCAUUACAUGAUCCAUGGAUUUAACUUGUAUGCAAAAAAAACUUUUUGUAGGGCUUGUUUGAUCUGUGUGCGACAUAAUCCACAAGGGAAUAUGCAUCCAAAACGUGGUCAGUUUCCUCAAGCUUCACAUCCAUUCAUCCCUCCAUCCAUUUUCUUAGCCGCUUAUCCUCACAAGGGUCGCGGGGUGGGCUGGAGCCUUUCCCAGCUGUCAACGGGCAGGAGGCAAGGUAGACCCUGAGCUGGUUGCCAGCCAAUUGCAGGUCACAUGGAGACAAACAGCCGCACUCACAAUCACACAACAAUGCGGGAGUCACCGAGGCAUGAGAGGAGGACUCCAUGUGUGCCUCCCAGUGAAUCAGUUGAGCACUUUUUCAAUUCCUCGGCAGAGUCUAAUUGCUGGGGAUUCCAUCUUUGGGCUUAUGCUAAAUGAAACCCCCACUUUCUUCUCACCAUUUGCCAUUUUAAUGCUACCUUAAACCCGAAUGCCAUACAAAAGAGUAUGUAUACUAUGUAAGAAGUAUUUUAACUGAAAAAGCCUGAGGAACAUUUUUCCAUUAUUACGAUUAUCUUUUUUAAAAAUAGGAAGCAAAACUGGUUGUUAUUAAUGUAGAAUGCAGCUAACAAGGUAAACUAUAGUUACAUCACAUGCAUGGCCCCAGGGCCACUAAUGCGUGCCAUUCCAACAGAAAUACCAACACGAUAUACCCUGGAGGUAAUGACUAAAACAACUCCUAACACCACUUGUCAGAAAUGGAAAAGUGUUUAUCCAACAACUAAGGCAGUAAAUGAUAAACUGAUAUUUUCUACUAAUGUUGCAUUGGCUAAUUUCUCCUGUGUUAGCUUUACAGGGACAGAUUUUAAGGUGGGAAGUCUCAACAAAACAUGGUGUCAUGAUAUCCAUCUGCAAACUGCCCCACUGAUCCCAUGCAGCGAUUUGUUGUGUUGGUGUGUUGGUCAAAAGUUGUAUGACACACUGAUAAAUGCAGCAGGAACGUGUACACUGGUAUCACUGCUCUUAUCUGUGACUGUGUUUCCAUCCAAAGCAGAGGAUAUACAAUUGGCUGCAUCCAUCUUUGGACCUCCCCUUGGGUUCUCCCGAAGGCGAAGGUCCUCUUGGAAAGAUGGAGAUCUGACCACCAUUGAUGCAAAUGGCAUCCCAACGGCAUACCAGAUGAAUAUAAGUUAGUUAACGAGAUUGCUGCAGGAUGGGAAUCCAUCUUGUUAUGGAUAACUGAAUAAAAACGUUGACAGAAUCAACUACAUACAUUACAAUGCACAGAAACUAGGUAAUUAUACAGAAGCGGGCUUUAUUGCUAUGAGGGAACAACCAGCUGCAACCUCACUCAUGACGUUCCAGCACCGCAUAGCGGUCGACAUGCUCCUGGCCGAGAAGGGUGGCGACUGCUCAAUGUCCGGUGACCAGAGUUGUUUAUUCCAAAUAUCACAGCACCUGAUGGGUCAUGCACAAGGGUGAAGGAGCACUCUGGUUUGAACACAUCAGCCAAGGUCUGAGUGGUGGGGGGAAAAACAAAAAGUUUGGAAAAUCUAAAAAUUUGGUGUUCUCUGUCCUAGUUUCUAUAGCUGUUUGCAACUAUUCUUGCAUUGUGUGGAUGUUGUUGUAUUCCCUGCAUAAAGGCAUCACUUAACCAACUUAUAACCACUGCUAUUGCCCCGACAAAUUCAAAAUUGGCAGAAAUAUAUCCACUAUUGCCACAACAGAGUAAUGAAAGUGAUAUUUUUGACCACGAUGAUGACGUUAUGACUUCUCUUCCAGACCUGUUCUCUGAUCCAGAAGGUUACAUGUAAUUAGUGCUAUAUUUUCCUCCGAGUGUAAGCCGAAAGGGUGAUCUAUUAGAUGAUUUAAGGAUUUGAGCAAAUGUAGGAUAAACAGUAGGAUAAUGUAGAAAUAAUUGUAAAUAGUAUUAAGUAACUUCUUCUGACUGCAAUGAAGAAUGCUUUGCUCUGCCUGCAAUGACGAAUGCUUUGCUCUACUCUAGAAAAUGUGGUAGCAAGUUUAGGAUAAACAGGGGGAAAUGUAGGAAUAAUUGUGAUCAUAAUUAUCAUACAUCUGCUUCCAAUAAAGAAAUGCUUUGCUCUGCUCUAAAUAACGUGGAAGCCUCCUAGCAGGAGAUAGCAAGAACAAAAACAUCUAAUCAUCAGAACUGUUAGAACUGCUGCCUGUUAAAGAAAUGAUGACCACACAUGUAUUCAGCAAUCUUCCACACAUGCAAACGCACAUGAACAAACAUGUACACCUUGUUUCAAACUGUUUCCCUCAUCUCCUUUUUGUAACAUCCAUGUAAAUGAGGGGCGUCUUAAAACUAAAUAAAUAGAGGUACUGAGGAGAAUAUAAUCAGAGAGUGCAGUGGUGAAUUGUACGAGACAGUUCCUCUCCUCUCUCCUCGCGAGACUUGAACUGGUGUUUUUGCUUCCUUUUUUGUCCUGUUUAAUAAAUGUCUGAUUGGUAAACCUGACACAAAUGAAUCCAAGUUGACCUUACUGCUGCUAUGUUUAAAGCUUUUGGCAUUGUCAAUAACACUUGGAAUGAACUUUCUCACUUCAGAGAGAGCCAAUGUUUCUUCUUCAAACUUUUCACAAGGACCCAGUCUCCCUUCUCCACUAAUAUGGCCUCCUGCUGAGAGCCAGGAAGAUCCUCACCACUUGGUGCUCGUGUUUGUCCGUUUUUCCAACAUUUUUCUCAUAUAGUCAGCUAAAUUCAAAUCAUUAGUGUCCUAUUGCUUCUUAAAUUGAGGUAGUUUACAAAAUCUUCCAAACAAUGUUUCAUGGUGUGUGUAGGAAAAAUUGUAAAUAUAAUUAUGACACAUUUGCUGCAAUGAUGAACUAUUUCUGCUUGCAAUGAAGAAUGCUUUGCUCUGCUCCAGAUAGUGUGGCACCCGGUUGACAGGACAUAACACAUAAGAACAAAGAACAUCUAACCAGCAGAACUGUUUGAACCAAGACCGUCUGUUCUCAGUUGAGAAAUGAUUGCAAACUUGACCACACAUGUACUCAGAAAUCUUCCACACACAUGCACACACAUGAACAGACAGGUACACUGUGUUGUAACUAUGAAUUGCUCCCCCACCUCCUUUUAGAGCUGGAAUACCCAUAUAAAUAGGGGCAACUGAAAAAAACAAGGAGAUGAGCAGAGGAUCAUUAAAGAGUGCAGUAGUGAAUUGAAUAAGUCAAUUCCUCUCCUCCCUCCUUGAAAGCUGUCAAACUUGAACGGAGUGUCUUUGCUUCUUUUUGUGUCGUUUUUCGUAAAUGACUAACUGGUAAAUCUGGCAUUUACAUUGGUCCUUUGAGGCGGAUCCCAAGAUAACUGAGGUUUCAAGGGGCUGAGUCAAUGUCCAGGCAAAGACCGUUUCCACUGCACUUGAGACCCUUUCCGGGACUGGGCCUCAGUUCUGCAUCUGGAGACUGAGGGUUAACGGGAAGCCAAAGGAGUGAAGACAUCUCUGACUGGUGGCCAUCCAGGCCACCAAACACGAGGCGUCUGGGUGGACAGGUCAGGAGGACGACCCGGACGCCAAGUACCAGGGUCCCCACGGGGCGAUUCGGGCGGACGACCUCUGAGAGGAACCCAACGCCGAAGC